GCAAUGCCUGCAUAGUUUCUAUGAAAAACAGGAGGCAAAGCUGCCUGUUCUGCUUCCAAACUGGCUCUUGUUGUACCAUGGGCUGCAAUACAUCUAGUGGGGUAACAGUGGAGGAGGCAUCACCCAAAAAUCCACCCCCUGGCAGAGAAGUUCCAACACAGGCUGAAAAGGAUGCAUCUCUUGAGUCAAUCAGUAUCUCUUCAAGUGGGUCAAUAAAUGAAGAUGGUUCAUGUCAAGGAAAACUGCAGGAAAAGCAUCUGGAACAAGGAAAUACUAAACAAAAUACAGACAGUGGAGUUGGACUCCCCAGGAAACCAGUAGGCCUGCUAGAAAAAGAAAGACAGACAUCGUCAGACAUCUUGGAAGAGCUUCAGAUACAAGGUAUAAUCAAAUCCUCAAGAGCAACUUCAAAAAAUGGAACAGCAGAUGAUACCAUGUUGGUACAUACAGGAAGGCCACCAGCCAAACUGGAAAAGCUUGAAAUCAACAAAGGAAGAAAGCAAAUAAUUAAACUAUAGAGGACAAUGAAAGCAGGACAUCUUUCCUUGCUAAUAGAAGAAAUCCACUAAUUUGAACCAGUUCACUAUAGUAUCUGAAUAUCUAAUAAUCAAGGAUGUGUAUGUCAUCAUCAUCACAACAAUAACACAAAUUUCAAUUAGGGCAGUUUCUGUUCCUUCUUUUUUAAAAUGAAACUUGAUUUUCCCUGCUUUGCAGAACCUAUUUCUAAACAAGCAAAGAGGCAGAGGCUGGAAUAUGUACAUAAAACAUAUGUGUAUUUGUAAAAAUGGACUAAAGUCAAUAUUCACUACGUUUGAUGGAAAGAAAAGAUCAAGCUCAUUUUGACAAUAGUUCUGUUCAGAUGUUCUUCAUGUGGUUACAAGCAGGGGUUGAAGUAGGUGCUCUCUGAGAAGACUGUUCUUUUGUACAUUGAGCAUAGGUGCAUACAAAUUGUGAGUGUGUGUAUGUCUAUAUAGGUUCAUUCUGAAGAAUCUAUAUCCUGCACAAUACAAGGUGCCCAAACAUGCAUGCAGGGUCUAUGUACCUACAGUUUUAUACAUGCACACUUGAAUGCCAUCUUUUCCUAAACUAGUGGCCUCCAAAUAUGUUGGCAUACAAAUCCAAUCAUCCUCAGCCAACCUAAUAAUUGGCCACAUUUGGAGAUUUCUGCUGAUUUGAGGAAAGGGUUCUUAUGUGUAAGU